CGGCAAUACAACUGUGACCUUCACCGGUUCGAACAGCUGCGUUAUUUUUUGUUGGUAUUGCUGUCAUCUCCUGCGGCUAACGCAGCCUCUUAAAUUGUCUGCGAUGAAACAUCGUGGUGGCGUUCCCAUAUAUGGACCAUCACGAUCUAGUCAAGCAUCUUCCUCAAGACCGAUCCGUUCAACUACAAAAUCUGAUUGCUAUUAUUGUAACCGUUUUGGAAAACGUGCUCGAAAGUGCGGACAUAAUGAUGUAUCAUCCUUCAAAAGGCUUUCAACAGGAAGUCUUUCGACCCAACAGAACCGUAACAUGAAUUCAACUAGCACACAAGCGCCACAGCUGUCAGCACCGCCUCAAAGGAUGGCACCACCAACAACAACAGCAAUGCCUACAAGGGUAGCGCCAUCGCUGCCUCAGUCUUCUGCACCCUUCACACCUCCGUCCCCACCUCCCCCGUAUCAAGGUCCAGCGGGUUAUGCUCAUCCACCUCCUGCAUAUGAAGAAAGCGAAUUACCACAAGUUAUUGUGACCCAACCUCCUGCUACAAUAUUCAAAUGGAAUCCUGUAGGUAUCGUAUGUCCAUACUGUCAUAAUAGUGUAGUUACGAAAACUAGAUCUGAGGCUGGUUUAUUAGCCUGGUUGUUAUGCGGUGUUCUUUGUCUUAUGGGGCUAUGGGUGUUGUGUUGUUUAAUCCCCUUUUACCUUGAAUCUACGCAAGAUGUUGUUCAUAUAUGUCCAGUGUGCAAAUCACAAGUUGGCUAUUAUAAACCAUUGUAAACUGAGGUGAUUGACUAAUUCCACUUUUAAUAUUCACCUGCACGCAUAGAUAUAAAAUAAACAAACAAUACACAAAUGUGCACCAUGUAUUUUUUUAGGUUCUAUUGUAGUUAAAUGAAAGCAGUUAUCCCCCUUUUUUUACUUUUAUAUUCUAUUUUUUGUUUUGUUUUAUAUAUUCUUGCGUAUAACAGGCAUUCUGGCUUCCGUUUGUUAUACAUUUAUAUAUAUAUAUAUUUUUGAUACUGGUGAUAAUAAAUGAACUUGCAAUAUUAUUUUUUCAUAUUACGAUUAUUAUUAUUACUACUGUUAAACUGUUGCCAUUAUUAUUAUUACUAUUAUUAUUAAUAUUAUUAAUACUACUGUUUAUUGAGUAUUAUACAUGCAAACAACAAAGAGGACAGUUUGUUCAUCAUAAUCAUCAUCGUCGUCAUC